GCAGCGGCGGGGGCGGCAGCGCGCGGCCGCCCCGCAGGGCCGCGGCAUGGGACGGGUGCAGCUCUUCGAGGUCCGCCUGAGCCACGGCCGCGUCGUCUACAGCCCGGGGGAGCCGCUGGCGGGGGCCGUGCGCGUGCGCCUGGCGGCGCCGCUGCCCUUCCGAGCUAUCCGGGUGACCUGCACAGGGUCCUGCAAGGUCUCCAGCAAGGCCAAUGACACAGCGUGGGUGGUGGAGGAGGGCUACUUCAACAGCGCUCUGUCCCUGGCCGACAAGGGGAGCCUGCCUGCUGGAGAGCACAGCUUCCCCUUCCAGUUCCUGCUUCCUGCCACAGCUCCCACGUCCUUUGAGGGCCCUUUUGGGAAGAUUGUGCACCAGGUACGGGCCACCAUCGACACACCACGUUUUUCUAAGGAUCACCAGUGCAGCCGCGUGUUCUACAUCUUGAGCCCCCUGAACCUGAAUAGCAUCCCAGACAUCGAGCAACCCAAUGUGGCCUCCACCACCAAGAAGUUCUCCUACAAGCUGGUGAAGACAGGCAGCGUAGUCCUCACCGCCAGCACCGACCUCCGAGGCUACGUGGUGGGACAGGUGCUGCGGCUGCAGGCUGACAUUGAGAACCAGUCAGGCAAGGACACCAGCCCUGUGGUGGCCAGUCUGCUGCAGAAAGUGUCCUACAAGGCCAAGCGCUGGAUUUAUGACGUGCGGACCAUCGCCGAGGUGGAGGGUGCCGGCGUCAAGGCCUGGAGGCGGGCCCAGUGGCAGGAGCAGAUCCUGGUGCCCGCCCUGCCCCAGUCUGCCCUGCCGGGCUGCAGCCUCAUCCACGUGGACUACUACCUGCAGGUCUCCCUGAAGACGCCGGAAGCCAUCGUGACCCUCCCGGUCUUCAUCGGCAACAUCGCUGUGAACCAUGUCCCACUGAGCCCCCGGCCAGGCCAAGGCCUGGUGGUGCCCUCAGCGCCACCCCAGGAGGAGGCGGAGGCUGUGGCUGGUGGCCCCCACUUCUUCUCGGACCCUGUCUCCCUCUCCACCAAGAGCCACUCACAGCAGCAGCAGCCGCCUGCAGCCCUCGGCUCUGUGCCUGGCGCCCCUGAACCCCAUCCUCAGGAUGGUAGCCCUGCCCCCCACCCAUUGCCCCCUCCCUUGUGCAUCUCCACAGGUGCCACCGUGCCCUACUUUGCAGAGGGUUCUGGAGGGCCGGUGCCCACGACCAGUACCUUGAUCCUCCCCCCUGAGUAUAGCUCGUGGGGCUACCCCUAUGGUGAGUGGGGGCCUGGGGCCUGGCAGGGAGGGGGAGCCACGGGCCCCAUGCAGACCUGGCUCUCUCCCUGCAGAGGCCCCGCCAUCCUAUGAGCAGAGCUGUGGCGGUGUGGACCCUGGCCUGACCCCAGGGAGCUGACCCCAUGUCGCCUUCUCCGGACGGGCGGACCUACGCCCUGGGACUAGGCUCCCAGGGCCUCGUGCCUUCGCUCCCGGCCUAGCCCGGCCCACUCAGGACCCGCCGCUGCCCGCCGUUCCCUGCGGCCUCUGCCUCCGGACCAGCCUCCGCCCCGACCAGCCUCCGCAGCCCCCCUGUAGUCGGCCUCUGCCCAGGGGUUGGGGCCUAGAGAGACUUGGUGUAAAUAAAAAGCUUCAUUUGUA